ACGCACGCGCCGGGCGUAACGGCCACGGCGGGGCGGGGCCGCUCGGGCUGUUCGUCGCUUCCCUGAGGGAACGGCCGCCCGCCCGGCUGCGCUGAGGGGGCGCCUGCCCCUCGGGUGCUCCGUGAGGGUUGCACUGCACUGCCCGGGCCUCUCUCGUCACCGGCGGUCAGCCGCCCGCUUCGGAGACGGAGGAACCGCCAGAGCCUACCUGCUUAGAGUGGUGGAGUCCCGGUGCCUGCCCUAGCGGAGCAGUGGGAUUUGGGGAGUCCAGAAAGCAGAGCCAAGCAUGUUAGCUGCUUCGUCAAGGGACCUGAUCUGCGUCGCAGCCAGCUGAAUAGGUGGAAAUGCCAGUGCUGAUGCCGGAUCCUCGAGUCACGCGUUUGCUUCAGCCCCACACAGAGAAGCAACUGGUCGCUGAGCUCUGUGUGUUUGCAUCCACCUGCUUGGCUCCAGCACUGAGGCUCUGCGGAACAAGUGGCCAGAAAGGAGAUGCCAAAACAGUUAAAAAGCGAGGAAAAAGAAGUGACCCCAGUGACUGGGGCCUUCAGGAGCUGCAAGGAAGGAAGCGGAAACUCUGGGCAUGUAUGAACCUCACAAAUACCCGGCAAGAAGGCAAUGCUGUCCACCUGCUCGGAUUAAAUUGCAGAGCUUUGAGCUGCAGAGGCUGGGAGUAUCAGUCCCUUCCCAAGGGGAUAAUAAAGCAGUUGCACGAGCACCAGGCGGCUCAAGGCGGUGUCGAAGGGGAGGCGUUGCACGCAGUAGGAAGCGGCAGCAGGCGGAAGUUGGAGCGAUCAGCUCAAGUUCAAGGCUCGUCUGUGUGCAUGUGUACGCUCUUUCAGCUCGGCAGCGGACACCAGGAGCCGGCCGGAGCAGGGAGGAUCUGGCAGGCAGCAGCGAGCAAACCCCUCUCACCGGAGUCGCAAGGAUGGCCCAAGCCUCCGAGUGCCGAAAUUCCCACUUCUAUUACUACAGCAUCAAAUUUGCUUUGUCCACCUAUGCCACCCUCUUCUCGAUCCUCGGCCUCGUGAUCCUGUGCGUUGGGAUUUAUGCCGAGGUGGAGAGGCAAAAGCACAAAACCUUGGAAGGGAUCUUCCUGGCUCCGGCCAUCAUCCUCCUCCUGUUGGGUUUCACCAUGUUUGGAGUCUCCUUCGUCGGCAUGGUGGGGAGCCUCAGGGACAACCGGACACUGCUGAAGACGUUCUUCUGGGUCCUUCUGGUGAUCUUCCUCACAGAGCUGCUGCUGCUAUUCAUCGAAAUCAUCUUUGAAAACAAGAUGAAUGCCGUUUUCCACUCCAAUAUCCAAGAGGGCAUCAGACACUAUUACGAUGACCUUGACUUCAAGAACAUCUUGGAUUUCGUACAGGAAAAGUUUUCUUGCUGCGGUGGCGAUGAAUACCGAGACUGGGAGGUUAACCAGUACCACUCCUGCAACGGCAGCGGGCCGCUGGCAUGUGGGGUGCCCUACACAUGCUGUAUCAGGAAGGUCCCUGGAGAAGUCAUCAACACCCUGUGUGGGUACAGGACGCUCGAUAAAGAGCGCCUGGAGCUGCUCAACAUCAUCCACGUACGAGGCUGCAUCCACGCCGUCGGGCUCUGGCUCAAAGACAACUUUGAGGCCACCUUGGGCAUCGUUUGCUCCCUUCUGCUUCCACAGGUGAUCGGCCUCGUGAUGGCUUGGCUGUACUGGCAAAAGCUCGACGAGAUCUACUCCAAGCUGGACACCGUUGACUUCAGGAUCCUGGAGAUGCGGGAUUUCAGCUUCGGGGCAGUGGAUCUGAGCGGCGCGGGCUGGUGCUGGUGCUUGCCCAAGGAAGGGGGCUACAUUCCUGUCAAUGCUGAGGAUGAGGAAGACGAGGGGGAGGAAGGUACCGUCUGCCACAGCAAAGUGUGAGAAGGUGGAGGACUGAAAGGCAGCUCGGAGCGAAGCCCUUGGGAAGGCGGCGGGUGCUGAAUGGGCGAGUGACGCAAUUUAUCUUCUCAGGUCCAGGAGAUACUUCGGGGGAAACUGUAAAGUAACGCUGGAGGGUUACAGAAAACACAAUGCACAGUGCGGGCACAUGAGCUCCCCGGGGUCCUUUUACUGUUGUUUUGAAGCUUUUGUACAUUUCUUUAUUGGGGUUUUGGGUUGUUGGUGGGUUUUUUUACGCAAUAAAUGUGACUUAUGUUGUUUUUUGCAAA